AGUUUCAAAGUUGCAGGAAUCUAUCCAGUUGUUUAGCCCGUACCUGUUUUUAUUCGUGAUGUUAUAAUAAAUAAAAGACUAAUGUUGUUAAUUAUUGUAAUAGGAAAUGUUAGUUCGUUAAGAAUCAGCAUCUGAUAGAAGGAAGUGAUAGCCAUAAUUCAUCAUGUCUCGCAAUAGAUGCGAUGGUCUUCUUGCGAAGGUCGAUUUUCCCCUUUACACUCUUCAAACCCUCACGAAUCGACAUGUAAUCAUAGCUGGUGGCGGUGGAGCAUCAAAUACGGGCGUCGCGAAUGGAUUUGAAAUAUUUGAACUCUCGCACAAUGGUACCAGAUUUGUGGCAGAAGAAGUAAUGAGGCAUGAAACCGGGCCGAAUGUUGUGAUGAAUUGUUCCGUUCGUAGUGUGCAGAAUAAAAUAUACCUGGCAGCUGGGCAGGAGAGCCACUGCCAGCUGUAUAAAGUGAAUAUUCGGAUGGUGGAUGCUGCGGAGAUGAGGCGAGGUAGUUUUCGCGCGGAAAACGGUCUUGUACGUCGUCGCCGCCGAACGGUUUCCGAGAAUGAUAAUAUUUCUAAAAUGGAUAGUAAUUGCAAUACAACUGAGAAGCGAAUAUCAUUUGAAAUCCGGCCCAGUGAUAGUGUGCAAACUGACUUUGGAGAUGAUCCCUUACAGCGAGUGGUGACAGUAUGUCCGAAUGGUAAACUCAUGGCCACCGGUGGAGUGGAUGGAAAAGUCAGAGUUUGGAGUUUUCCACAGAUGCAAUUGCUGUUUGAACUUCAAGGUCAUACUAAAGAGCUAGAUGACCUAGACUUUAGUCCGUGCGGCAAGCAGCUGGUGAGCAUAGCGAAGGACGGACAGCUACUGGUGUGGGGCACCGGCGGGGCGGCGCCGCCGCUGCGCACGAUCACUUGCACCCCGCCGAAUGGGAACAAGUAUCUCUUCCGACGGUGCAAGUACGGCACGAUAGAAGACAGGCCGGACGAGUACAGAAUGUUCACAAUCGCGAACCCGCUGGUGCGCUCCGGUAAGCAGCGCGGCCUGCUGCAGCUGUGGGCGAGCGGGGCCAGCUCGGCGGCGCGCGCGGUGCUGUGCGGCGAGUCGCUGUCCGCGCUGGCCGUGCGGGACGACGGCCGGUACGUCGCCGUCGGAACCAUGUUCAGCGGCUCCGUGGAUAUAUACAUCGCGUUUAGUUUGCAGCGCGUGGUGCACGUGCCCCGCGCGCACCGCAUGUUCGUGACGGGGCUGGCGUUCCUGCCGGCGGGCGGCGCGGGCGGGGCGGGGGGGGCGGGUGGCGCGGGGGGCGCGGGCGGCGCGGAGGGGGGGCGCGCCAUCGCCUCGCGCUCCGACGCCGCGCUGCUCUCCAUCUCCGUCGACAACUGUCUUUACGUGCACACGCUGCCGCGCAGGGGUACAAUGCCCGCUUGGAUCGCCGUGGUACUGAUCAUCUUUGUACUAUUCUGUACCUUCUGUUUAUGUUCUUAUUUAGGUAUAUAACGAUGUAUUUAUAUUAAAUUUAUUUCUGUAUCUAUAAGUACCUCUGGGCUAGGUUAGGUUUUAGGCAAUCCGGUGUAAAUCGUGCUCAUAAUUUAUCAUUUAUGUUUAUAUAUAGGAUCAAUUUAAUUAAAUGAAUUACAUAUUUCA